AAAAAUUAUUGUAGGAAUAAUUCCACUUUUUUUUUUCAAAAAAAAAAAUCCACUUUAUAUGUGCUAUAAUUUUUCAAUCCAACUCUAGUAUCGGGCCGGUUUGCAUAAGGAGAUUGGGGUGCCUCACUUUACAUUUUACAUAUAGAUGAAGCCCACUACGAUUUCGCCCUGUUAGCUCCUCCGGCCUUCUUCCCGUUCGACUGUUCACCGUUCUUCUUCACGCAGCCAAUCUCAGAGCGAACAGCAUUGUGUGUGCGUGUAGGGCAUGCUGGAAACUGAAAAUUUGGGGAGAUAUGGCAAGAGUAAUGGCGGGGAAGGUAGUAAAAUCUGUAGCAAAAGCAGUUUCAGAGUACCAAUACCCAUUGCAAGAGAAGAUGGCAAAGUACAAGAAUGAACUGUCAAAGGGUGUUUGGGGCUAUUGGGAACUUGGAGCAUGGAAACCGCUAGGCAUCAGUGCUCGUAGGCGGGCCCGGCUUCGCAAAGAAGUUCUACUCGCUGGGCAGGACUGGACUUUCGAUCCAGAAAGGAAGGAAAUGAGAAAGAAGCAGAAAGGGCACAAAUGUGACAGAAUUGCAGCGGAGAAGCGAGCAAAGACAGCUGAACUGAUGCAGCAAAUGCCCAAAAUGUUGGCAGAUUAUAGGAAGAGAAGAUGGGAGAGGAAGAUGAAAGCCGAUGAGGAUGCCGCUAGGAAAGCCCUGCAAGAGUAAGUUCACACCAUUUUCUAGUCUAGUCUGGACGAACGGAUGAGUUAACGAUUAUGAAACCAAAUAAUGUUUUGAGUCGCGCUAGGGUAACCCCAACAUUUUGGGGUUACCGUGGCCCCAAACUUUGCACAGACAGUAAAUGUCCAUGCAGCACUGACAGUUAUUGUCUGUCCGAAGCUUGGGGGUCAUGGUAACCCUAAAAUGUAGGGGGGUUACCCUAGCUUUAUUCUGAUGUUUUUGCAUCAUCCAUUUUGUUUUCUGUUAUUUUAUGGCCUCAUUGACAUGGUUGAGGAUGAUUUGCCUACUGUGUACUGAAAUUCUUGAGCCCUUGGGUUCAAGGAAUGUCCUAUUAACUAUAGGGAAUGUCAGAUUCUUGGAGACACUUGAUCACUGAAUCAGUGGAAUGUGUUCGAAAUGUGUUUGGUGAAGAUUGUGGGAGUGUUAUACUAACAUCCGGAAUCGCCCCAUUGUCAGCUCCGGCGACGACUCGCCGUUUGCAUAAAUGUUUGGUAGUAAUUUUGGAUCUUUAUCGCCAACUGUUCGGUAAAUUUCCUCAGUGAGCCUGCCAUUGGUUUCGAUCACACUUUGAGAUUUUUCGAGUCAGCCAGUGACCAGAGAGUGUUUGUGUUUCUAAUAAUGAAGAGCUCUUGGCAUCGGAAAGAGCUUCCCUUUCUCAUUCUCUAUGCUCUAGUUUUCUAUGCAAUCAUCAUCCGACGCGCACUCCAGCUCUCCCAUGAUCAUUACACCCAGCUUCAUGGAUUGCGGCACAGUGGGAUCAUCCGCAGACUAAAUGUAAUUUAUUAUA